AUGGACGGAAGUGUCGGUCCCCGCUAUGUUGGGCGGAGACCGGGGAUAAAAAAACUCAUUGGUUCGGAAAAGGUCCAAGAAACCACAGACAAGAUCAUUCAGAUACGAGACCGUAUCAAGACGGCUCGCGACAGACAAAAGAGCUAUGCCGACAAACAACGCAAACCAUUAGAUUUUGAGGUCGGAGACAUGAUUGGAACUAUUGCGUACAAGUUAAAACUACCAGAAGAACUGAGCAGUGUACACGAAACGUUUCAUGUGUCGAAUCUUAAAAAGAGUCCUACCCAAGAAACGGUAACCAUCCCAACGGAUGAGAUACAUAUCAACGAUAAACUCCAAUUUACUGAAGAACCUGUUGAGGUUACGGAUUGGAAGGUCCACAAGACACGGAGGAGUCGUAGGAAGCUAGUCAAAGUUCGUUGGAACUCGCGUCACGGUCCCGAGUGUACGUGGGAACGUGAAAAUCAAAUGAAAUCCAAGUACCCUCACCAGUUCCAAGACUCCCCUGCAACCCGUAGCACGACUUGA